GGUAGUCCGUUUCUGCCUCGCUUGGCGUGUCAUCAUCUUCUUACCGGAGGAGGAGAUGACAUCGCGGCGUCUCCCGCUCGCAGAGAAACAAGAAGAAGAAGAGGAGGAGGAAGAAGAAGUCCUCUCUCACACUUUAUUUAUUUUGCUGCGCGCGCGCGCGCUCCUCGUCUGCAAACGAAGACGAGCUAACAACAUGUUUGACUUUUAGAGCACUUUAUUUUCUACUUUUCGACUUGUUGGAGACUCUAUCAUUGAUGAUGACGAUGAUCGUGCACAAUUGGACAUGAUUAAUCCAUUUCACAAGGUCACACAGGCGUCUUUCUUUUUAGACGGCGUGUUGUCUAUUCAAACUACACGUUAUUGUCUUUGGACGGACACAGCAUUGUUUAAAUUUUAGUCUUUUUUUAAUGUCAUUUAUGUAAAUUAAGACAGACGAGAGAAGACUCACAGAGACAAAGACCAUCCAACCGAGUGGAAGAAGAACUUUGUUGCCUUUUUUCCCCCCGCUUGUCUUUCGCACGUUGAGGAAUCUGCUAGACGCGCACGAGGAUCAUCUCAGGUGGACUUCAACAGAGCUCUAUCUCCUCGCUCUUUACCCUGGCUUUCUUUUUCUUUGCCUCUGCCCGUCUGUCUUUCCGUCUAAUCAUCUGUAACACAGCAUGCCUCCAUGUUUGCCAGCAACACCAGCAGAAGCAUUAUGGAAGUAAAAGAGCGACGUCCAUACUGCUCGCUAACCAAGGGCCACAAGGACAAGGAGGGGCCGUACCCUGGUUCUUCGGGGGACAGCGAAGACUGUGCUAUUGUUCCCCACGGCCUGCGAGUCCCGACUCAAAAGUCUUACUCGUCUAGUGAAACGCUCAAGGCCUUUGACCAGCACCAAGACCAGACCAGGCUACUUUAUGGGACUACAAAAGGGCACAAGGACAUGGUUCAUCGUGAACAAGAUGAUUAUAACAUAGAUGGUCACAAUUUCAGUCUUCGUCAGCUGGGCAUCUGUGAGCCACCUUCACGUCAUGGCCUGGUAUUCUGCUCCGAGAUGGGCCUUCCCCACCAUGGUUUCUCUGUUGCCACAACCCAGGAACUGGACGUGGAUGGCCAGGCUGUGAUGUCACCAGAGCGAGCCAUGCGGUUGUGGGGUCGUGGGGGUUUGGGCAAAUCGUCUGGGAGGAGCUCCUGUCUGUCCAGCCGCUCCAACUCAGUACUGACGCUCACCGAUACUGAGCAUGAGAACAAGUCCGACAGUGACAAUGAACAACCAUCCAAUCACCACAGCUCGACUCUGCCUCCUGUGCCACCCCCACAUCGUCAGCGACCCUCGGUAACAGCUCUCAAUCACUCCCUGGGCUCCGCACAUCACGCUGGCCAAUCUCUGAAUUCGACGCGGCAACUAACUCCUCCUACCGGAAGCCCGGCCCCCGUGGCCGGCCAAUCACCUGCCGAGCUGCAGACCACACCCCCAGAGAGCGUCCCGCUGCAAGACAGCUGGGUGCUGGGUAGCAAUGUGCCUCUGGAAACAAGGCACUUCCUUUUUAAGACAGGAACAGGUACCACGCCCCUCUUCUCCACAGCAACACCUGGCUACACGAUGGCGACGGGCUCAGUGUACUCGCCUCCGACCAGACCGUUGCCACGAAACACCUUGUCCCGCUCUGCUUUCAAGUUUAAGAAAUCCUCCAAGUAUUGCUCAUGGAGGUGUACGGCCCUCAGUGCAGUAGGAUUGUCAUUGCUGCUGUCCGUCCUGCUGUGUUACUGCAUCGCGAUGCACCUGUUUGGUCUCAACUGGCAGCUCCAGGACAAUGAGGGAUACGGUGCAUUUGAAAAUGGAGGAAUUGGAAGAGACACAACUCCCAACACCUUUCUGGUGUCCACAGACAACGCUAAAAUGUUUCUCCUAGAAAACAACACCAUCGACACAGGAGGGGUGGAUGUGGGUAGACAAGCCACACAAGACGUCCCACCAGGUGUGUUUUGGAGAUCCCAGUUAUACGUUGAUCAACCUCUCUUCCUGAAAUUCAACAUUUCAGUCCAUAAAGACGCUCUUGUUGGAGUGUAUGGGCGCAAAGGAUUGCCACCCUCACACACACAGUAUGAUUUUGUGGAGCUGCUGGAUGGAAGUCGUCUUAUUUCCAAACGGUCCCUUAGUGACGUGGACGUGCCGCAUGUGCUCUUCCUCGGUGAUUUUGAAAAGGACUCGGUGGGAGAGGUCCGUCACAAGCGUUCGCUGAACGUGCACGAGGCUGGCUUCAUUCAGUACCUGGACACGGGCAUUUGGCAUCUGGCCUUUUACAACGACGGGCGCAAUACAGAACAAGUGUCCUUCAGUACUAUCAUCAUCGAGUCGAUUAUGGAGUGUCCCCAGAACUGUCAUGGAAAUGGAGAUUGUCUCUCAGGAAUAUGUCAUUGUUUUCCUGGAUUCCUGGGGCCUGACUGCUCUCGAGCUUCCUGCCCUGUGCUGUGCAGUGGGAAUGGCCAUUAUUCCCGUGGGCGCUGCCAGUGCUACAGCGGGUGGAAAGGCACAGAGUGUGAUGUGCCCGCCAACCAGUGCGUAGACAUCCAUUGUGGAGGACACGGCAUUUGCAUUAUGGGCGCCUGUAUAUGCAACACUGGUUAUAAGGGAGAUAACUGCGAGGAAGUGGAUUGCAUAGAUCCCAGCUGUUCAGCCCAUGGAGUGUGUAUUCAUGGCGAGUGUCACUGUCAGCCUGGCUGGGGUGGAGCCAGCUGUGAGAUCGCCAAGGCCAUGUGUCCAGACCAGUGUUCCGGUCAUGGCACAUUUAAUGCAGAGACCAGUGCCUGUACCUGUGACCAGAACUGGACUGGACCAGACUGCUCCUUAGAGGUCUGUGAAGUGGACUGCGGUAACCAUGGCGUUUGUUAUGGUGGUCUGUGUCGAUGCGAAGACGGGUGGACUGGAACUGUGUGUGACCAGAAGGCCUGUCACCCAAUGUGUAGCAAGAACGGUGUGUGUAAGGAGGGCAAGUGUGAGUGUGACCAGGGCUGGACUGGGGAGCAUUGCAAUAUAGCUCACAAUCCGGAUAUUAGAGUAAAAGAGGGUUGCCCGGGUCUCUGCAACAACAAUGGACGAUGUACCCUGGAGCCCAGUGGCUGGCACUGUGUUUGCCAGUCGGGAUGGCGAGGAGCCGGAUGUCACGUAGCCAUGGAAACGCUCUGUACUGAUAGCAAAGACAAUGAAGGAGAUGGCUUGACUGAUUGUAUGGACCCAGACUGCUGCCUGCAGCUCUCCUGUCAGAACCAGUUGUACUGUAAAGGCUCUCCUGACCCGAUGGAAGUACUUAGUCAGUCUCCAUCUACGCUCGCUCCCCAGCAGGCUGCCAGGUCUUUUUACCAGCGUAUACACUUCUUACUUGGCCCUGAAUCCACUCAUGUCAUCCCGGCUGAGAGUCCAUUCAACAAAAGCUUGGUGUCAAUAAUCCGGGGUCAGGUUUUGACGGCAGAUGGAACACCUCUGAUUGGAGUCAAUGUGUCCUUUGUCCACUACCCUGAACAUGGACACACUGUGACCCGCAAAGAUGGCAUGUUUGAUUUGUUGGCCAAUGGCGGAGCAUCCCUUACAUUGAGUUUUGAACGUUCUCCGUUCAUGACCCAGUACAGAACCGUGUGGGUGCCUUGGAAUGUCUUUUAUGUGAUGGACACACUGGCCAUGAAGAAGGAGGAGAAUGACAUCCCAAGCUGUGACCUGAGUGGUUUCAUCAGACCCAGCCCCGUCAUUGUCACACCCCCCUUGUCCAUGUUCUUCAGGAGUUCACCUGAGGAUGGCCCGAUCAUACCUGAAACACAGGUUUUACAAGAAGAAACCUCAAUACCGGGCAGUGAUCUCAACCUGAUCUACCUGAGCUCAAGAGCUGCAGGAUACAAACCAGUUCUCAAAGUCACCAUGACACAGUCAUCAGUACCGUUUAACCUGAUGAAAGUUCACCUCAUGGUUGCAGUGGUGGGACGUCUUUUCCAGAAAUGGUUCCCGGCCCAGCCAAACCUUUCUUACACUUUCAUCUGGGACAAAACAGAUGCUUAUGGGCAGCGUGUUUAUGGACUAUCAGAGGCAGUUGUGUCAGUGGGCUUUGAAUACGAGUCCUGCCUGGACCUGAUCCUGUGGGAGAAGAGAACGGCGGUUUUACAAGGCUACGAGAUGGAUGCUUCCAACAUGGGAGGAUGGACCCUCGAUAAACAUCACAUUCUGGAUGUGCAAAACGGUAUCCUGUACAAAGGCAAUGGAGAGAACGUGUUUGUUUCCCAACAGCCCCCUGUCAUCAGCAGCAUCAUGGGAAAUGGACGUCGCCGUAGCAUCUCCUGCCCAAGCUGCAAUGGGCAAGCGGAGGGCAACAAGCUGCUAGCACCGCUGGCUCUAGCCUGUGGAGCAGAUGGCAGUGUGUACGUUGGUGACUUUAACUACAUCAGGAGAAUCUUUCCUUCUGGGAAUGUAACCAGUGUGAUGGAGCUCAGAAACAAAGAUUUCAGACAUAGCAACAAUCCUGCCCACCGGUAUUAUCUGGCCACUGAUCCAGUGACAGGACAGCUUUAUGUGUCGGACACCAACUCUCGAAGGAUCUACAGACCCAAGAACCUCAGCGGUGCACGGGACCUUAUCAGUAACGGCGAAGUAGUGGCAGGUACUGGUGAACAAUGUCCCCCCUUUGAUGAAGCGCGGUGUGGAGAUGGCAAAAAAGCUACAGAAGCUCAGCUGUUGGGACCUAAAGGGAUCGCAGUUGACAAGAAUGGUUUGAUCUACUUUGUGGAUGGGACAAUGAUCAGAAAAGUGGAUCGCAAUGGAAUCAUAUCUACAGUGCUUGGAAGCAAUGAUCUGACGUCUGCACGACCUCUCACCUGUGAUACCAGCAUGCACAUAAGACAGGUUCGUUUGGAGUGGCCCACUGAUCUCGCAAUCAGUCCCAUGGACAACUCCAUCUAUGUUUUGGAUAACAAUGUUGUGCUGCAGAUCACUGAAAACAGACAGGUUCGAAUUGUGGCAGGUCGUCCCAUGCACUGCCAAGUCCCUGGUGUUGAAUAUACAGUCGGCAAGAGAGCAGUCCAGACCAUGUUAGAGGGCGCUACAGCCAUUGCUCUGUCCUACAACGGUAUUCUCUACAUCGCCGAGACAGACGAGAAAAAAAUACACCGCAUUCGACAGGUGUCGACUGACGGAGAAAUGACUUACCUUGCAGGAGCACCGUCUGAUUGUGAUUGCAAGAAUGAUGCCAACUGUGACUGCUACCAAAGCGGGGAUGGUUAUGCAAAAGAUGCAAGGCUUAAUUGUCCUUCCUCUUUGGUGGUGUCCCCGGAUGGGACGCUGUAUGUGGCUGAUUUAGGAAACAUUCGCAUUCGAGCGAUACGACGCAACCAACCACCUACUGGCUCCUUGGCAUCAGGACCCAGCUCCUAUGAAGUAGCCUCUCCAGCUUCCCAGGAGCUCUAUGUGUUUGACUUGAAUGGAACUCAUCAAUUCACAAUAUCCCUAGUCACUGGGGACUAUAAAUACAAUUUUAGCUACAGCAAUGAAGAGGAUUUAACAGCGGUGACUGACAGCAAUGGCAACACCCUCCGUAUCCGUAGAGAUACCAAUCGUUUGCCCGUGCGUGUGGUCGCCCCAGACAAUCAGGUCAUCUGGCUGACCAUCGGAACAAAUGGAGGUCUGAAGUCUCUCACAGCUCAGGGUCAAGAGCUGGUUUUGUUUAGUUACCAUGGCAACAGUGGCUUACUAGCGACCAAGAGCAUCCAAAUUGGCUGGACUACUUUUUAUGACUAUGACAACGAGGGUCGUUUGACUAAUGUUACCUUCCCCACUGGCGUGGUUACCAAUCUCCAUGGCGACAUGUCAUCAGGAGCCGUUGCUGUGGAUAUUGAGACGUCAGGGAGAGAUGAGGAUGUUUCCAUAACGACCAACCUGUCCUCAGUAGACUCGUUCUACACUUUGGUGCAGGACCAGCUACGUAACAGCUACCAAGUGGGGAAAGACCACUCUCUUAGAGUCACCUAUGCCAAUGGGAUGGAUACACACUAUCAGACAGAGCCUCAUAUUCUGGCAGGUGCCGCCAACCCAACUAUAGCACGACGGAACAUGACACUUCCAGGAGAGAAUGGCCAAAAUCUGGUGGAGUGGCGGUUCAGGAAGGAACAGACACGAGGAAAAGUCAUUGUAUUUGGAAGAAAGCUUAGGGUAAAUGGAAGAAACCUUUUGUCUGUAGAUUACGACCGUACGCUGCGAACAGAGAAAAUCUAUGACGAUCACAGGAAGUUUCAACUGAAGAUCAUUUACGACACACAAGGCCAUCCGACGCUGUGGGUCCCAAGCAGCAAACUACUUUCUGUUAACCUGACGUACUCCAGUACGGGCCAGGUGACUGGUCUGCAGAGGGGUCCAACCACAGAGAAGUGGGAGUAUGACAGUCAGGGAAGAAUUAUUUCCAGAGUGUUUUCUGAUGGAAAGACAUGGAGUUACACUUACCUGGAUAAGUCCAUGGUCUUACUGCUUCACAGCCAGCACCAGUACAUUUUCGAUUACGACUCAGGGGACCGCCUGUCAGCCGUCACUAUGCCGAGCGUGGCUCGACAUACCAUGCAAACCAUCAGAUCCAUCGGCUACUACAGAAAUAUCUACACUCCCCCUGAGAGCAACGCCUCAGUUACUGUGGACUACUCUGAAGAUGGACAGCUCCUCAGAGUUGCACAUCUUGGGACUGGACGUCGUAUAUUGUACAAUUACCGCAGACAGAACAAGCUGGCAGAGAUCCUGUAUGAUUCAACGCGGGUCAGCUUCACAUAUGAUGAGACUGCUGGCGUGCUGAAGACUGUCAACUUGCAGAGUGAAGGCUUCAUCUGCUCAAUCCGCUACCGGCAAAUCGGCCCACUGGUUGACCGGCAGAUAUUCCGCUUCAGCGAGGACGGGAUGGUGAACGCACGUUUUGACUACACCUACGACAACAGUUUCAGAGUCACCAGCAUGCAGGCUGUCAUCAACGAGACGCCGCUGCCAAUCGACCUCUAUCAGUUUGAUGACAUCUCAGGGAAAGUCGAGCAGUUUGGAAAGUUUGGAGUCAUCUAUUAUGAUAUCAACCAGAUCAUUUCCACAGCAGUUAUGACCUACACCAAACACUUUGACCAGCAUGGUCGCAUUAAGGAGAUUCAGUAUGAGAUCUUUAGGUCUCUGAUGUACUGGAUCACCAUCCAGUACGACACCAUGGGCAGAGUCACCAAGCGUGAGAUUAAAAUAGGACCAUUUGCCAACACGACGAAAUAUGGCUAUGAGUAUGAUGUCGAUGGACAGUUGCAGACGGUCUCCCUCAAUGAGAAGAUGAUGUGGAGGUACAAUUACGACCUCAAUGGGAACUUACAUUUGCUGAAUCCUGGAAACAGCGGUCGGUUGACGCCUCUUCGUUACGACCUCAGAGACAGGAUCACCCGUUUGGGAGACGUUCAGUACAAACUGGAUGAAGAUGGUUUUCUGAGACAGCGAGGGGCAGAAAUAUUUGAAUACAACUCCAAAGGCCUUCUCGUUCGGGUCUACAGUAAGUCCGCCAGCUGGACCAUCCAGUACCGUUAUGAUGGUCUGGGUAGACGAGUGGCAGCUAGGAACAGUCUGGGGCAACAUCUGCAGUUCUUCUAUGCUGACUUGAACUACCCCACCAGGAUCACCCAUGUUUACAACCACUCCAGCUCUGAAAUCACAUCAUUUUACUACGACUUGCAGGGCCAUGUUUUUGCAAUGGAAAUCAGCAGUGGAGAGGAGUUCUACAUUGCGUGUGAUAACACCGGAACCCCACUGGCUGUCUUCAGCAACAAUGGGCUUUUACUUAAACAGGUGCAGUACACAGCAUACGGAGAGAUUUAUUUUGAUUCAAACCCAGACUUUGUGCUGGUAAUUGGUUUCCACGGAGGACUGUAUGAUCCUCUGACACGACUGCUGCAUUUUGGAGACAGAGACUAUGACAUCCCCGCUGGAAGGUGGACAACUCCUGACAUCAGCACGUGGACAAGGGUUGGUAGAGACCCCCAGCCUUUCAAUCUCUACAUGUUCCGGGGCAACAACCCCAUCAGCAAAAUCCAUCAAGUCAAAGAAUACGUGACAGACGUUAACAUCUGGUUGGUCACAUUUGGAUUCCAUCUGCACAACGCCAUCCCAGGGUUCCCUAUUCCCAAAUUUGACUUGACACAGCCGUCGUUGGAGAUGAAAAAAAGUCAGCUGUGGGAUGACCUGCCUUCUAUCUCAGGUGUCCAGCAGGAGGUGACUCGCCAGUGUCGGGCCUUCCUGUCCUUCGAGCGGAUGCCCAAAAUCCAGCUCAGCCGACGCUAUUCCGACCACGCUAGACCUUGGCUUUGGUUUGCCACCAUCAAGUCGCUCAUUGGGAAAGGAGUGAUGCUUGCCGUGAUUCAAGGCCGCGUGGUGACCAACGCCCUCAACAUCGCCAACGAGGACUGCAUCAAAGUGGCCGCGGUUUUAAACAACGCCUUUUACCUGGAAGGCCUGCAUUUUACAGUGGAAGGACGAGACACGCACUACUUUAUCAAGACCAGUCUGCCCGAGAAUGAUCUCAGCGCACUGCGUCUAACCUCAGGACGUAAAUCGCUGGAAAACGGUGUGAAUGUCACAGUGUCGCAGUCUACAACGGUGAUGAACGGCCGAACACGGCGCUUUGCUGAUGUGGAGCUGCAGUACGGCACUCUGGCACUCCAUGUGCGUUACGGGACAACGCUGGACGAGGAGAAAGCACGAGUCCUGGAGCAUGCGAGACAGAGGGCGUUGGCAAGUGCCUGGACCCGUGAGCAGCAGCGAGUGAGAGACGGCGAGGAGGGCGUCCGGCUGUGGACCGAGGGCGAGAAAAGGCAGCUGCUGAGCGGCGGGAAGGUGGCAGGUUACGACGGAUAUUACGUCUUGUCCAUCGAGCAGUACCCACAGCUAGCUGACAGUGCGAACAACAUUCAGUUCUUACGCCAGAGUGAGAUAGGGAGGAGGUAACGGCAUCAGCAAAGGGACUGUCGGACACGCCGAAAAGACUUCAAAAACUUUUUAACACUAAAAGGAUGUUGCUGACUGAACUGCAGUGCGAGUCAAAGGUGUUCACUGAAGAACACAUAAAAGGUAUUUUUCUCUGAGGAUAAUCAACAAGGAGUUACAAAGAUAAGGAAAACAAUCAGGAAAAAUCCAGAUGUGAUUUAAAACAACAGCCAACAAAACCUUCAGUCAGUUGAGCAAAGCCUUUUCUUUCUUUCUUACUUACGUUCUCUCUCCUUCUUACGUUCUUUCUACCAGCCUUUAAACAGCACGCAUGCCUGCCCCACCCUCCCCCCCGUCUGUCUGUGGAAGGUGGGGCAAACCUGAAUGCUGGAUGUCACGCUGCCAAGCUGUGAUGCGGUGGGAUGUAAAACGAGCAUUUCAGCAGGCGCCAUUACGACUGGAUGAGUCGCCGAGCAUUUGUGACAGUUCUCAACAGUCCGAACAGUGAACAUGUUGCCCGUAUCGUUCAAGCGAGGGUCCGGAUGUACGUUUUUUUGACCCCCGUCGGCCAUGUCGAUAAGGACCUUUUUGUUUUCAUGGCUGAAGCCAUCGAAGGGAACUGUUGUGGACUCUCUCCAAGAGGGACAAGCACAGAAACGAACAAUGAUUAGUACGAAGUAAUGGAUGUUCUGUUUGAUUAUUUUUGUUUUGUUUUGGGGAAAAAAGUGGAUAUAAAAAUGAAGAAAAAAUGUGUUUACAUACUAUAACAGAUACCACUAUUACUAUUACUACGACCACCACCGGAAUGGACUGCAAGCGUAACCUUUUCAACCGUGGGCCAGUUUUCUAGCCAAAGACAUAUCCGAAAAUCCUAAAGAAACAUUUUGUGUGCAUCUACAAGGUCUACAUCAGGGGUCUCAAACUCAACUUGCCUGGGGGCAGUCGAGCCUGGGUAUGAGGUAUGCCCCCCCCAAAAAGUACAACCUUUCAGUCUUUACUAAUAACAGAUAAGAACAUGAACGGUUCUAAGGAACAUAAGCUGGGUGUUAGAAAAACACGAACGCUCUGUGGGCCGUGAGUUUGAGACCCCUGGUCUACAGUACAUGAAUUAUGUGGGUAUGAAAGUCAAGGGGAAACUUUAAUGGUUAUUGUAGAUAUGAAAAUGUACAUAUCUUUGCUACUGGAUAAAAGUAAAUGAAGCUUCUUGUUCAGCGAGUUUUAGCGGUAGAGGAACGAUACUUGUACCGUUGGGACGGCUAAGUGUUAGCUUUCAAAUGGUCACAUUUGUGUUUUGUUUUAAGAAAAUACUCAUGACAUAUGCUGUUCUCUGCCUGUUUGCUUGUUUUCCAUGUUCCCACUGAAAUGCUUGUUGUUUGAAUUGUCUUUUGUUUGCCUAAAAUCAGUUACGUUAAGCUUUUAGCCGACGUUCUUCUAGUUACGUGGAUGUUGAGCAAUCGCCAUGGCAACACAGACACGAUCCGGCACCCCCUAGUACUUGCUGCGGUCCUGCGCUUUUGAAAGGUUGAUCAAACAAAACCAGUCAUUUUUCAAUUGUGUUUUGUUUCUUUGUUAGUGAUACACGGUAUAUUAUCCGUUUGGUUAGUUCAUGUAAACUCCUCAUUGUCCCCGUGCAUCAACAGCUCCAUGUAAGAACGUAGCAUUGUGCCACGGCUGCUCAUGGUUCUCUGUGGAUGGACUCUUUUGUGGGCCCACUUGGCUCAGCGGUCCGGCACUGAACCCUCUCGUAAGUCCAGAAAUAGUACAAUUCUGCAAAAUGUGACUCAGUCCCAUAAUGCAUAGAAUGCGUGCUUUUAUCGGUCAAAGUAGGUAGGAUUGCUUGCAAUAGAAACAUGUCGUCUUGGCUUUUCUAGGGGGGAGGGGGAUCGCUGUGAGUAGUAACCGAUCGUUGCUUCUCUCUACAUUUUUGCUCGUUUCUCUUUAAGAGGCCAGUGUAUCGCCAUCAGUGACUUUGGUGAGUAACAAUAAAUCAAGAAUCGUGUGGAUGUUUUGCCAUUGACUGUGGCUCUCUGUACUCUUCGAGGUUAUUUCAUGUGUGGGUUUGUUUCCAAGGGUAGGAAUGCCAUCGGAAUUAUUUUUAAAGAAACUUAUCAGAGCGUGUUACUGUAACAUCAUAUGCCACUAUUUUUUUUUUCAGAAGCAAGAUAAAUUGAUGGUGUGUUUAUGGGUUUAUCGUCUUUAUUUCAAAGGUUGACAAAUUCCACUCUUAUCUGUACAACAAUACUAGACUACUAGUGUUUCUACAGUUAAACAAUAAAAUCCUUGAAACGUCUCCUGUCUCGUUUUA